UCUCCCUGGAGAUGGAGAAUCUGGAUUCAUCUGCUCAGGAGUCCAGAGAGGAGAUACAGUUGGAUCUUUGAGAUCCUUUGAACCAGAUGGGCUCCCGCAUUCGGCCCCAUGGACGGCGGUGAAUUCAGUCCCGAGUCGUCCCGGGACAGACCCAGCUGCUGUGGGCUCUCCAGGAAAAUCCUCGUGUGUCUGGGCGUGGGUGUCCUGGCCCUCAUCCUGUCCGGGCUCGGGCUCGCCUUGUUCGCGGUUCACAGAUGGCGACUUUUCUCCAAGCCCCUGCAGUGGAACGCGACCCGCACCACCCCGCACUUCUCGGAGAUCUUCCUAGGGCGAUGCUACCUCUACACCCAAGUCCUGCACCCUGAGCUGGGAAGCACAGACUGCGUCAGGAUAAUGAAUACAUUCAAAAGUGCAUUUAUUUCAAAGCAUCCUUGCAACAUCACAGAGGAAGACUAUCAACCACUAAUUGAGUUGGAUACUCAAACUUUACCCUGCGAUAAGUUUGUCUUUUGGAGCAAAUCCGGUGACCUGGCUCAUCAGUAUACAAGGAUCCAGCAGGAAAUGUUCACCCUGGAGGACACGUUUCUGGGCUACUUGGCUAAUGAACUCUCAUGGUGUGGUGACCCCAACACUCAUAAAAUGAAUGAGCACUCUUGCCCAAACUGGAGAGAUUGCCCUAACAACCCCAAGUCGGUGUUCUGGAAAGUCAUGUCUAGGAAGUUUGCAGAAGCUGCCUGUGGUGUGGUUCAGGUGAUGCUCAAUGGUUCCAUCAUUAGUCCCUUUGACAAAAGCAGCACAUUUGGAGGUGUGGAAAUGCCUCAUUUUAACCCAAAGAAGGUUCGUAAACUACAAGCCUGGGUGAUGCACAAAAUUGGAGGACUUUCCAGUGACUCAUGUUCAAAUCCUUCCAUAAAUGAGCUGAAGAAGAUUGCAGAUCAAAAGCAAAUUCCAUUUGUGUGCCAUAACGACUACAGGCCUAUCAAGCUCAUUCAGUGUGUGAAAGAUCCUGAGCAUCCUUCUUGCCGCUAAUAAUAUCUGAACCAUGAGUGGUUUGCCUUUGACUCCUUGGAGAAUAUAUUCCCCAUGUGUGGCUCAGCAGAGCUGAGGUCUGGAGAGUUAAAUAUCUGGAGUAGGAUUCUGUGACAACAUCAGCACUGGAGAUGGAAGCCUUUCCCCACAAAACUAUGAAAAAUCACAUAUGUUACUAGCAUAGUUCUUAUUGUGUCCUACUACUAUGCAAAAGAAAAAUAUAUUAAAAUGAAGUGUUAUUGUAAGUUA